GUAGUCGGUGGUUUGCGAAGGAACGCACUUUUAAUUACUAUCUGCAAGUCAUUACGUGAGUUGUAUGUGGUGGAGGGAAAUUACGCAAUGCAACGCUGAUUUGACUACGGUAGUUAUAAAUGCGCAGUGCGAUAGGCACUUUGAAAUAUUUUUCGAUAAAAUAAUGUGUAGUUGUUGAAAGAUCUGUGAUUUGUAAAUAUCUCGUCGUCUGAGUAGAUAACGCGGUACAUAUUAUUGAAGUGACUGAUUAUAAAGUGAGAGGAGGAUUAGUGUUAUCAUUAAAGCGAGUGUCAUUGAGAUAUAUUGUGUAAUAUUUAGAAGGAGAGAAGGGAUAGUUUAAGCGGUUGUUUCGUCGGCGAGUACAUUUUGAAUAAAUUUUAUAGCCAUAAAUAAGACAUGGGUUUACUGACAGAAGGUAGUCCACUAAGUUGGGAAGAAACCAAGGAUUUAGCAGACCAUGUAAGGCAACAUGGUGUAGUGCAGUUUAUUAAUUUGUAUAAACGUCUUCGUGAUCGUCAAGGGGAUGUUCUUAAGUGGGGUGACGAGGUUGAAUAUAUUCUGGUGAAAUUCGAUCAUGAAAAAAAGGUAGCGAGAGUUUCACUUCGAGCAUCUGAGGUCUUAAAUAUUCUACAGGAAAAAGAAGUCAAGAGUCCACAAUCUGUCAAAUCUCUCUGGAGGCCAGAAUAUGGUGCUUACAUGAUUGAAGGGACUCCAGGCAAGCCCUAUGGCGGAUUGCUUGCACAUUUCAAUAUCGUUGAAGCAAAUAUGAAAUAUCGUAGAGAAGAAGUUGCAAGAUCGUUGAAUCCAGGAGAAGUGGUCAUGUCAGUUACAAGUUUUCCAAGGCUUGGUUGUCGUGAUUUUACAGAUCCUCCAACAGUUCCCACUCCUGAAAGUGGAGCGUCACGUUCUCUUUUCCUUCCUGAUGAAGCCAUUUUUCCAGGACAUCCACGUUUUAAAACCCUGACAAGAAACAUUCGACAGCGGAGAGGCUCAAAGGUUGUCAUAAACCUUCCAAUCUUCAAAGACAAGAAUACACCAAGCCCAUUUAUUGAGAACCUGAGAGCUCUUGGAGAUGACGGUGAGUCCAGUAAGGCAGCAUUGCCAAAUCAUGUGUACAUGGAUGCAAUGGGAUUUGGCAUGGGAUGCUGUUGCCUCCAGCUUACAUUCCAAGCUUGUAAUAUCAAUGAAGCAAGGACCCUCUAUGAUCAGCUUACACCUCUCUGUCCCAUCAUGUUGGCAUUAACAGCAGCGUCGCCCUUGCAUCGAGGCUAUGUGACGGAUGUAGAUUGUCGGUGGAAUGUUAUCUCCUGCUCUGUGGAUUGUCGCACCAGAGAAGAGAGGGGAGAAGUGCCUCUGAAACACAACAAGUUCAGAAUACCUAAAUCUCGCUACGAUUCCAUUGACUCUUAUCUCUCGCCACAAGGAGAGAAAUACAAUGAUGUGCCUUUGAUAUAUGAUAUGGCCAUCUACGAGCAGCUGCGUGAUGCGGACAUUGAUCACCUGCUAGCACAGCACAUUGCUCAUCUGUUUAUACGUGACUCUGUGUCCCUGUUCACCGAGAAGGUGGACCAGGAUGAUGAGCAAGACACAGACCAUUUUGAGAAUAUUCAGUCAACUAACUGGCAGACAAUGAGAUUCAAGCCACCGCCUCCAAAUUCGCCUAUUGGUUGGAGGGUGGAAUUUCGACCUUGUGAGGUGCAAAUCACAGAUUUUGAAAAUGCAGCUAUCGUGUGCUUUGUGGUGCUGCUGACCAGGGCAAUCCUGUCAUAUCAACUUAACUUCAUUAUACCCAUCAGCAAGGUUGAUGAAAACAUGAAACGUGCUCAGAAACGGGAUGCUGUUCUUCAGGAGGAAUUCUACUUCCGCAAAGAUAUUACAACGUGCGUCUCUCCACCUGCUGCAACUUCGUGCUGCCACACCAGCGAUUGCAGUGAUGUGUACACUCCCAUGACAGUCGACCAGAUCAUCAAUGGCAAGCCAAACGAGUUCCCAGGGCUUAUUCCGCUGAUCAACAGUUACCUUAGUGGUAUGGAUGUUGAUGCGGACACACAUUGCACCAUCCAGCAGUACUUGAAACUGAUCCAGCGAAGGGCAUCUGGUGACCUGCAGACCACAGCAAGCUGGAUGAGGCAGUUCAUCCAGUCACACCCAGAGUACAAGCAUGAUUCAGUGGUGAGCGAACGUAUAAACUAUGACCUGCUGACCCAGAUUCAUAGGAUACAGACUGGAGAAAUUUCUUGCCCAGAAUUACUGGGAACUUGUUUACAAUCCAAGACUCAGGAAUCCAUUCCUGCAGCAGUUCAGAAGGCUGAAGCUAUAAAUGGCGAGUGUUGCUGAACUUGAUGUGUCGUUGAAGCUGUUUACAGAUACGGUGUCAUGAAAGAGACCCAUUGAAAUUUUCAGUGAAGAAGAAACUGUCGCAAACUUUUUAGCUGAUGUAUUGUCAGACAUUUAGGAUGGCAAACCUGGUGGUAGUUCAUGAUCUAAUCUCGCAUAUAUUUGAUGAUGAGGGCCAAGUACAAGUAGCAGUAGAUGGUGUAGAUGGUUCAGUGUCUGAAUCUGACAGCGUAAACCCUGUUCCUGACAGCACAGCAACAGAUGGGGGGUAGAUACAGUGCCUGAAAAAACUGGCAGUAUUUCUGAGAUUGUGGGUCUGUACACAGGUGUUGAUCAAAUUGAAGCUUUCACAAAAGAAUCAAAUAUGUACCACAAAGUUCUGAAAACUUAAAAUCUUCUGUAAAAUGCCAAGAAGUCAUAUAUGAUGAAAGUUAAAAUGGAAAAAUAUUUACGACUAUUGGUAUCGAUGGGUCAGGUAUGGUAAGACGGUACCAAAAACUAAUGAUUGGUGGAUCCAUCCAUAACCACUCCUGUAUUUCCACAGACUGUGAGUAGUAAUGUUUGAAGUUCCAUCCCCAUGAAACAUGAGAACUUCUUGAAGGUUUGAACUCACAUGCCCAGGUAAUCAUACGAAUUCUGCAUAUUGUGUAUGAAAGCUUUGCAUGUUGCAUCAUGUCUAUCGUGUAUGACGGAAAUUGAGUUGUUCUUUCCUCAAGAAUUCUUGGUCCUCUGGCUGUGAAUUAUCUUCACAUUCAGUUUGUCCAGUAUGGAAAAAUUGUUGCAGGGGGCAGAGUCAUGAAAUAUACAACUAGGAAGUAUAAAGUGUGUGCUGAAAAAAGUACAAAAAAUACAAAGGGGUGAAACAAAGUAAAUUUGCAAUUUCGGUUCAUUGGCACUUCACAAAGUAUUAUUUCUUGAGAAAUGUCAUUUUGAGAAACAUUAUUAGACAUCAGUAUCCUGAAACACCGAGACCAUCAUAAGCAAAAGACAAAAGCAUUUUGAGAAGAGAGGCAUUAUGUGUACGGUAACUGGGGAUUUUAAAUUUAAAUAUCUGCCAGUACUCGACGUAUUAAAGCAGCACAUCAGUGAAACUUGAAGUUCCUUGGCAGAGGUCUCAUUCCUAGAGUGAUGCAAACAGUCGGACUAUUGAACUGAGUCUCCUCUCUACGUUAUGGUGGAUGGCAUUUGCACAGUAAUGUUAAUCUUGUGAAGUUUAAGGUGCUCAGAUCUCAUGGGCUGAAGAUAAAGGCAGUAUGUUCCUCGAGAACGUUGGUAUACACGCACAAGUGCACUCGAUGUAACAACUGGAAAUACCACAGUCUGAAGUAUUAAUCUUUACUUCCUAAAAAUUAAUGUAGUCCAUGCAUAUUUGCACCAACCACUGUCACAGAAAACUUAUAUAAAUGUGUUUAAUCUUGCCAGGACCUGCAGUUUUCUUUGGUAGAGAUAUUCGGGAGACAGAAGUUUCACUUUUAUGUCAUGGUUAUUGGAGUUCACUACUCAUUGGUUGGUCUGUCACAGAAUUGCAUCGGGUUGGGUUAGGUUACAUUAGGUUAGUGAUGUGCAUGUGCAGAAAACCAUGCACAUGGAUGUUUGUUAGAGUAAUGCCCCAGACUUGUAAAUUAAAGAAUUACAGCACAAAAUAUAUCUGCUGCUAAUCUCUACCUCUCUCUCUCUCUUUUUAAAAUUUUUCCAAGUGAUUAGUUACCUGAAAGUGAAGUUUCUCUGUUCGUGUUGUUAUUAAGACUCCAGUUGAGCCAACACAGUCCAUAGUGGCACCUUGAAGCUUUUAUGAGUGCUGGGGCACUGCCCUGCAAACAGUGAAGUCAGUCAUGGGCUUAGUAGCAAAAGGAAAGGGGAGUUGUCCCCACCCCCGCUAAAUGUAAGAUAUGAUCUUGUAAUAUAAAAGUCAGAACUUACUGGUUUCUGGCCUCUGAGGUGGAAGCAUCUGGCACUGCUAGUCUCUGCAUUUUGUGAGCUGUAUUCACAAGUAUAAAACUGUCGUUAAGAAUAACAAUAGCCUCAUAUGAUUCAUGCCUAUUCCUUUCACUGGAACUGCGUGCCAGAUUGCCCAGGUUUGUUAGCCACUGUAAAACCUACUGGACAGGCUUUGAGUUGUGGAAUUUUCUUGUACCUGGUUAAUAUGAGCCUUGUUUUACCAAAUUAAGUGGACCGGGGUAACUGGUUUCCAGAGUGCAUAGGGGCUAUAAAUAGGUAACUUUAUAAUUCAAGGAUUUUUAUGUAUUCGUAUUCCAAGCAUUAGUGACUGAACUAUAAAUUCAUAUUUGUAAAUGUGGGUGCAUAUAUGGAUCAAUGGUGGAGGAGUGCUUUUGGAUUGGGUACUAGGUAUUGCAUUAGGGAAAAGGUCACUCAGCAUAUCAGAAGAUACGUCACUGCCGCAAACAGAUAAAAUAUUACCUCAUGUUGUGGUAGGUGAUGAGGCGUUCCCACUCAUAAGAAAUUAGCCGAGACUGUAUGCAGCAAAGCUUACAGCGUGUCUGAAAAUUGUUUUGGCACAAACAGAAUUUUAGACUCUACCGGUGGAGACUUCAGCGAAAUCCAGAAAAAUUAUAGAAUAAUUUUGGCUUCAUGUGGUCUGCAUAACUGCGGACCAUGUUCUCAUUCUUCAAAAUUACUAUUUUUGUAUGCUUACGUCAGACAGAUUUGUACUCGGAGGCUUUAUUUAGUGUUUUUCUGUCGUCAUUACAGAUGUGGUGGAGCUGUUUCUGUUGUGCAAUCUUGGUAACACAAGUGGUCAGUAGUUGAUAUAUAACCAGCGAUUUUACUGCUUAAUUGUUAUUGGCCUGUAAUUUGUUUUGUAUGUGCAUAUUUCUAAUUUAUCCUGUUUUUGUUCUUUUUAUAAGUUAUUUUGUAUGUCAUUGUUCAUGAUUUAGUAAUGACCACUAUGAAAUUGUGUUCUUAUUUCGUGAAUCUUUUAAAUAAGUAAGUAGUGUUCCUAAUUUUUGUUAAAUGAAUAAAAAAAAGUGGCUCGCAGAAAAUGAUGAUACACUUGUAUAUUGUAUUUCAUUGUAAAAUAAUUU